AGCAGUGUUCAAGAUGACGACUUCAUGGAGUGACCGUCUGCAGAACUAUGCCGACCUGCCAGCCAACAUAGACGGUGUGGCCAUGAAAAAGUAUCGACGAGAGGCUCACCAGAGCUUUCCAAGGGAUCUGGCCCAAAAACAUCCUGCAACAAGAGUGUUUGUCAACCGAAGCUUGGCCAUGGAGAAGAUCAAGUGUUUUGGUUUUGAUAUGGAUUACACUCUGGCAGUGUAUAAAUCUCCUGAGUAUGAGUCGCUGGGCUUCGACUUGACGGUGGAGCGCCUGGUGUCCAUUGGAUAUCCACAAGAGCUGCUCAACUUUGUCUACGACCCCUCCUUCCCCACCAGAGGUCUGGUGUUUGAUGCGAUGUAUGGCAACCUGCUCAAAGUGGAUGCAUAUGGGAACAUCCUGGUGUGUGUACACGGAUUCAACUUCUUGAGGGGACCUGACAUCAGAGAGCUGUACCCCAACAAGUUUAUUCAGCGUGGAGACACAGACCGCUUCUACAUCCUCAACACACUCUUCAACCUACCUGAAACCUACCUGUUUGCUUGCUUGGUUGAUUUCUUCAGUAACUGCUCCAGAUACACAAGUUGUGACACUGGCUUCAAAGAUGGCGACCUUUUCAUGUCCUAUAAGAGCAUGUUCCAGGAUGUCCGAGACAGCGUGGACUGGGUUCAUUUAAAGGGGUCCUUAAAAGAAAAAACUGUUGAAAACCUGGAGAAGUAUGUGGUAAAGGAUCCGAAGCUUCCUCUUCUCCUCAGUCGCAUGAACGAAGUAGCCAAAGUGUUUUUGGCCACUAACAGUGACUACAAAUACACAGAGAAAAUUAUGACCUACCUGUUUGACUUUGGCCACGGCCCAAAGCCGAACACGCCUCACCGGCCCUGGAAGUCCUACUUUGACCUGAUCCUGGUGGACGCCCGCAAGCCUGUGUUCUUUGGAGAGGGAACAGUGCUGCGGCAGGUUGACACUACCACAGGUCGGCUGAAGAUCGGCACAUACACUGGACCUCUGCAGCAUGGCAUUGUUUAUUCAGGAGGUUCUUCAGACAUUGUGUGUGACCUGCUGGGUGCUAAAGGAAAGGACAUCAUCUAUAUUGGAGACCACAUUUUUGGUGACAUCCUCAAAUCCAAGAAGCGCCAGGGCUGGAGGACUUUCUUGGUGAUCCCUGAGCUGGCCCAGGAGUUGCACGUGUGGACUGACAAGAGCUCUAUAUUUGAGGAACUUCAGUCGCUGGAAUGCUUCCUCGCUGAGCUUUACAAGCACCUGGACAGCAGCAGCAAUGAGAGGCCUGACAUCAGCUCACUGCAGAGACGGAUUAAGAAAGUGACCCACGACAUGGACAUGUGCUACGGCAUGACGGGCAGUCUGUUCCGCAGUGGAUCCCGACAGACGCUGUUUGCCUCCCAGGUGAUGCGCUACGCUGACCUGUACGCCGCCUCCUUCAUCAACCUGCUCUACUACCCCUUCAGCUAUCUGUUCCGAGCUGCACAUGUGCAGAUGCCUCACGAGUCAACAGUGGAGCACGCCCAAGUCCGCAUCAUUGACACCGAGUCGCCGCUGGCAACACGAAACCGCCACGACGUCGACCUCGAGAUGGAGUGCAAACGGCACCAGCUGACUCGAUCCGUCAGCGAGAUCCAGCCCCCCCACUUCUUCCCUCACGCUCCGCAGGAGAUCACUCACUGCCAUGAUGAAGAUGAUGAUGAGGAGGAGGAGGAGGAAGAGGAAGAGGAGGAGGAGGAGGAGGAGGAGUAGAGGGAGUCACAUCCAAUACAUCCUGUUUCCCUGAGUCUGGUCUCCAGACACAAAGGUUCCGACUACCAUACGCAGGACAGGAGUUUUGGAUUUCUGCAAGAAACACGCGCUGCAAGCAGUUGGUGGCUGCGAUAAAACAAAGAAAGAAAAGAGAGGUUGUGGGCGGUGGGACACAAAAUUGCCUGUUUCCACAUUUCUUUACUACAGGUGACCCCUCCUCCCCGUGGUUACCCCAUAGGCCGAGGAUUGCACUCUCAUUGGCUGUAACUCCAACAGCUCCAGAUUUUGAGCCUGCUAGAUAUCUGGGAUGUGGCGGCGGGGCACCAGCAGGCCUCUCGCCUCGCGUUUCUGAAUCACACAGCUGCUGAAUCAUCGUGCGUAAAUGUAACUGGAGGUUGUGUAAUAACCACAGCUGCUGAAACUAAAAGCCAAUCAUAAAACGGUUCUACUCCAUAACAGUAUAUGUUUAUAAUGCCUUCUAAUGGGGAGGUGGACAUCACAUGAAACCAGCUUAGAGAAACUUCACCUACUUAUUUACCCAGUAAUUAUUCUUUUUACUGUGUUGUAAAAUAGGACUACAAUUCCCGAAACUCACCCUUAAGUCCUUACUCUUAUUUAAGUGCUUUCAUGUUUUAAGUAAUGCAGAUAUUACACCCUGCACCGCAGUUAUGGCCUUAUUCGUCUCACUCUGAGUUGAUACUGUGAGUGUAAAUGAAAAUUAUUGUUAUUUUAAACAUGAAUGUUGAGUUUAUUAUUUCAU